GGCUGUCACAGUCAGCUGCCCUGAAUCACCCGAACAAAACAUGGAGACUGUUGGUGCAGGUGUUCCUUUAUUCAUCCUCUUCUCCCUCGCUGCCCUUUGGAAUACAGGAGCUCAAGACUCCUGCUCAAGCCAGUGUGGGAAGCUGCUCGGUGCCUGUUCAUGCCAGGAGAUCUGCCAGUCCUUGGGGACCUGCUGUCCUGAUUACAAUGAAUUUUGUCUCCACAUUUCUCCAUACUCAGGAUCUCUGAUGGGAGGCAAAGAUUUUUUGAUAGAGAAUACAGCAUUUAAUACUUCUGUGUUAAUGUGCAGAUUCAAGCAGCAAGUCAUAACCAGUGGCUAUGUUGAUAAGGAUGGAAAAGCCCACUGCCUCUCCCCAUUGCUGUAUGAAACUGGUUUCAUCCCCUUUGAAGUUUCUACAGACGGCGGGCUGACAUUUCCCUACUCUGGAACUUGGUUGUCAGUACAUCACAGCAAGGUUUCGGGUGGAGAAAAAUGCACGUUGGUCAAUGAGACCAAAUGGCAGUACUAUGGCACUCCUGGCACGGGUGGGAACUUAACUCUGACCUGGACACACCAGGCACUUGCAGCAUCCCAUAUCAACAUAGAAGUCUGGGGGUACCAGGAAACAGGUGACAGUUACUCAGAAAACUGGCUUGCUGAAUGGAAAUAUCUUUAUACUUUGGCAAGAGAAGCUCCCAAUACAGGGACAUUUUCUUUCAUUCCUGUACCUGCUGAAGCAAAUUACAAUACAUGGGACUUUGGAAUUUUGAGAAUUACCCCCAGCACCUAUUCUGAUGGGCAAAGCAACACUCCAUCCAUCUGGAGCCCAGCACAUGCGUUGGCUUGGCACCUUGGCGAAGACUUCAGAAAUAAGCCAGCUGCAUGGGCAACUGCAAAAUGUAUAGAAUGGGACAGGGAGGAAGAGAAGCUUCCAAACUUCAUGGAAGAAAUUAUAGAUUGCCCUUGCACCUUGGCACAGGCAAGAGCUGACACUGGCAGGUUCCAUACAGAUUACGGCUGUGACAUUGAAAAGGGAAGUGUGUGUACUUACCACCCUGGCGCUGUGCACUGUGUAAGGGCCAUUCAAGCCAGCCCCCAGUACAGAGCAGGACAGCAGUGCUGCUACGACUCCACAGGGACCCAAAUCCUCACACAAGAUUCCACAGGAGGCAGCACACCUGAUCGAGGCCAUGACUGGGGGGCACCACCCUUCCUGAAGCCUCCCCGGAUACCUGCCUUUUCCCAUUGGCUUUAUGAUGUUAUCAGCUUCUAUUACUGUUGCCUGUGGUCUGAUAAUUGUCACUUCUAUAUGAAAAACCGCCCCUCAAGCGACUGCAGGACGUAUCGCCCACCCCGAGCUGCAUCUGCCUUUGGGGAUCCUCACUUCCUCACAUUUGAUGGUCUAAACUUCACUUUCAAAGGACAAGGGGAAUACAUAUUGGUAGAGUCUGAUCUCACAUCCCUAAGGGUGCAAGGGAGGACCCAGCAAGCACGCUUUCCCAAUGGAACUCAGGCUCAGGUGACAGGCCUGUCUGCAGUGGCCAUGCAGGAGAACAACUCCGAUGUGAUUGAAGUACGCUACUCAGAGGAUUUGAAUCUGGAGGUCCUGUUGAACCAGAAGGUGGUCAACUUCUCUGAGCAAAGUUGGAUGGACCUGGAAGGUCUCUUUCUUCAUUCUACGGAUGAUCAGAAAGUUACAGUGAUGUUCUCCUCUGGGUCUGGAGUGGAGAUUAGGGGAAGUGGAGGAUUUCUGACCCUGACAGUUCUGCUCCCAGAGAAGUUUAUGAAUCACACUCAGGGUCUCUUCGGGGUGAUGAAUGGUAACACAGAGGAUGAGUUUACCUUCAAGAAUAAGACAACCAUGUCAGUUCAUGCGAGUCCCCAACAGUUGUUUGAGUUUGGAGCCAGUUGGGCUGUUGAAAAUGGAACUUCUCUCUUUACUUAUGACACAGAGACCUUAUUGAAUGAUUAUUUUUAUGGGGAAAAGCACAAUGCCUCCUUUCUGCCAGUGUUCCAUCCUCAUGAAGACCCUGCUGAUCCCUUGGUGGAAGAGAUGGUCUCACUCUGUGACUCAGACCCAUUCUGCAGAUUUGAUGUUCUGACAACAAGAAGUCUUCAAGUGGGAAAUUUCACAAGACUCUCUCAUCAGAACCACAAGCAGUUGGUAGAAAGCCUAGAGCCAGUGAUUUCUUGUGGCUGGCUGGGUCCCCCAGCCAAUGGAAGGAAGGAUGGAACUAACUAUCUGCUGGGCUCAGCCAUCCAUUUCACCUGCAACCAGGGCUAUGAACUCGCUGGAACAAAAGAAAGAAUCUGUCAAGCAACAGGAGCCUGGUCUGGGGACUCGCCCAGCUGUAUCUUAAGAUCAGACAUCAAACAAGUAAUUGCUCUUGCCUGUGUAUUUGGAGUUGUGGGUCUCGCUGUUGUGACACGUCUAAUUCUCCUAUAUAGAAAGGAGAGACACAGAGCCAAGCAGAAGCUUGUUUCAAAGGAGCCAGUGACAUCUCAACAAGGAAGAGCAAGGCUUCCAGAUGAGUUUUCCAUGAAACAUGGAGAAAGCAUAGCAGAGGGAUAAGUGGCCCACAGCAACAACAACAGAAACAAGUCUCACACAGUAUGCUAUCAUUUAAUUUUUGCUUCCAAUGUAAUGACUGUUCAAUCACAUGGGAAAUGCUAACAAACUUCAUGGGGUUGUAUAACGGCUGACUCAUCCUCCUGUGGAUCAUAAGGAAGGGAUAUUGCUUCUGAAAGCAUCAGUCUCUAAGUUACCUGUAUUGGUUUCUUCUAUCAGUCCCAUUUCAGACAGCAGAACCAAAGUUUUGGUGGAAUCAGAAGAGUUUGUGGUUUCUCCACACUUCUCUUCCUCUCAUCUUUUACUUACGAGUUGGUAAAAUGAAAACAGUCCUAGCCUACAGCAUUAACCAUUACCAGAGAAACACACACCUUCCCUGGGCCAUUUGCAGCUGAUUUAGAUAUGAGGGCUGCUCUGAAAGUAAUGCCUCCUGUUUCAUGACAUUGGCAGUACAAGACAAAUCUUCAUAAUGAGAUAGAAAGCACAGCAAUGACAGCAGAACAACAACAUCCCAGGCUACAGUAAGUGAGGAGCCACUCAGAUGCAAAAGCUCUGGGCACAAAAACAAAGGAAAAAAGCUGCUUACCUUUAAAAGGCCUCAGGUGUGCAGAGGUCACCAGCAAGAGCCCCAUAUCUCCACUGCCAACCCUUAAAUGAGGUCUGGAAUGGGGUUGAUCUUGGCUCCACCCCUUUCAAUCACUCAGGUACAUUGCACACACCUGAGCUCCCCUGGGUUGGCCCUGCCUUCCCACCAGGUGCUCAAUCACUGCUUCAGGCUGUGAUUCAGCACUUCUGCUACAACCUUCCCACCAACUUCCCAUUCCAUUCUGUUGCUGUGUGACAGAUGGCAGCAGAGGGGCAGUCUGACAAAUGACAUCCGACAUGAAAAUGCAUAUGAGGCAAAGCUGUGGAACUGAAUUUCUGCAUGGGGAGGAGAUGGCCCCCACUGACAUUCGUUGACUCUUAGUGAACAUUUAUGGAGACCCAGCAGUGGAUGUGAGCACAGUGAGGGGUGGGCGGUGCAUUUCAGCUGUGGUGACAGUGAUGUGAAAGACAUCUUACCUGCCAUCCUGUCCCUAAGGGUCACCGGCACACAGAAUGCUCACAGACCAUUAACACCAUGAUACUAAUGAAACUCACACAAUCAGUUUAAUGUAUCUCCCGAAGUUUGGUCUUUCAUCACUCCUUGGCAAACCCACUUCUGGUCACCCCACACUCUGCUUUCUUCACCAACCCCUCAUGCACACAGUUGGUAUAUGUGCAUAUGCCAGUUGCACAAUUUGCUUUCAGCCAGUUUGCUGCUCAUGGUCAUUCCUUGGUCCUUUUAUUAGAGCUCUUUUUUUUUUUCUAAUAGGCUAUUUUUUUCCUUUCUGUUGCACAGAAUCACUUGUAUUUCAAUUCACUGCAUUCAAGAUCACCCAUUUGCACUGUGCAAUUUUCUGCUUGUGGUUUGUGGCCGCUGUUCACAAAUAACAGCGAUGGCAAUAACAGCAGUAGCCAAUAAGUAAUGAAUCAUUUUGUACUUCUUAAUACACGGUCUGAGGGGUUCCUUUCAACUUGUGCUGUUCCCAGCAGAAUGUCAGAUCUGUACAUUUUGUCCUCGCCUGUUGACACAGCCACCAUUUCCCAGCACUUUAUGAAUGAAAGACCUCAGAAAAGAAGAACCAGAGAGCUGCAAAUGUUAGUAAUUCUUUCACCAUCAACAAGGGUUUCACGAUGCACCGCUGGCUUUCCAAACCCUUUGGGAUGUAGGCUGGAGGCACAAUAAAUUGGCAGAAGUGCCCCUUUGAGCAUGUAUUAGGUGACAUGGUAUAUAUGAAUCCAAUGUUUAAGUAUCUUCAUUUCCCCCCCCUGCUUUUAAUACAUCUCACAACAGCCAAAAGAGACUUCAGCACAUUUUUCACCUCACAGUUCUGUACAAUGGGAGCUUUCUGCAUGCUAAGAAUGAGGUAUAUCAUAGCGUGUGUUGAUGUAACUGAUGAUAAAGCACUGAAACUGUGUUUUGUGGCUGACACAUUCAGAGUAGUAAAAUGGGUCCCUCUCUCCUC